CCUAACAGAGGGACAAAAAGACCUCGCGAUGAAGAGGAAGAGGAAAUCAAAGCACGUCGGAAACAAGCUAGUGCGCGAGAGCACGGUCGCCACCGGGAAGAGGAAUCUGUUGCGCUGGAAGAAACUGAUGAUGAGAAGAAGAAACUUCUUCAGAUAAUUGAGAGGGAUGGAGAAGAGGAAGAGGAGGAAGAGGAACCUUUGGAUGAAAGUUCAGUGAAGAAGAUGAUUCUCACCUUUGAGAAGAGAUCUUACAAAAACCAGGAGCUGCGGAUCAAGUUUCCUGACAAUCCAGAGAAGUUUAUGGAAUCCGAACUGGAUUUAAAUGACAUCAUCCAGGAAAUGCACGUGAUUGCGACGAUGCCAGACCUGUAUCACCUGCUGGUGGAGCUGAACGCUGUGCAGUCCCUCCUCGGGCUGCUGGGACACGACAACACAGAUGUCUCCAUAGCUGUGGUAGACUUGCUUCAGGAGCUGACUGAUAUAGAUACCCUCCAUGAGAGUGAAGAAGGAGCCGAAGUCCUCAUAGAUGCUCUAGUGGAGGGCCAGGUCGUGGCCUUGCUGGUCCAGAACUUAGAGCGCCUGGAUGAAGGUGUGAAAGAAGAAGCUGAUGGUGUCCACAACACCCUGGCGAUCGUCGAGAACAUGGCAGAGUUCCGGCCGGAGAUGUGCACAGAAGCUGCGCAGCAGGGCCUCAUGCAGUGGUUGCUCAAGAGGCUGAAGGCGAAGAUGCCUUUUGACGCCAACAAGCUGUACUGCAGUGAGGUGCUGGCUAUUUUGCUCCAGAAUAACGACGACAACAGAGAAUUGCUUGGGGAGCUGGAUGGGAUCGAUGUGCUGCUUCAGCAGUUAUCUGUGUUUAAACGACACAACCCUAGUACAGCAGAAGAACAGGAAAUGAUGGAGAACCUGUUUGACUCCCUUUGCUCCUGCCUGAUGCUCAGUUCCAAUCGAGAUCGGUUCCUGAAAGGCGAGGGUCUGCAGCUGAUGAAUCUGAUGCUCAGAGAGAAGAAGAUUUCCCGCAGCAGUGCCUUGAAGGUACUGGACCAUGCCAUGAUUGGACCAGAGGGCACAGACAACUGUCACAAGUUUGUUGACAUUCUUGGUCUGAGGACCAUCUUUCCACUCUUCAUGAAAUCGCCCAAAAAGAUAAAGAAAGUUGGAACAACUGAAAAAGAACAUGAAG